AUGGAUACAACCGAUUCAAAGGAUAAAAUUUCCAAGCAAGAGGAAAAGGAAGUUAAAGCUUUGGGAGAGGAGGAAAUAGCCGCCUUAAAAAGUUACAAUUUGGGGCCGUAUUCCGAUAAAUUGAGGCAAGUCGAUACUGACAUUCAAGAGGCGUUAAAGAAUAUCAAUACACUUUGUGGUGUGAAGGAGAGCGAUACAGGCCUUGCGCCUCCUGCUUUGUGGGAUCUUGUUGCCGAUAAACAUGCUAUUGCUCAUGAGCAGCCUCUUCAGGUUGCUAGAUGUACAAAAAUAAUCAAAACUGAAGGCCAAGAUCCGCGUUAUAUGAUUAAUGUCAAACAAUUUGCUAAAUUUGUUGUGGAUUUGGCCACACAAGUUGCACCCACCGACAUUGAAGAAGGAAUGCGUGUUGGGGUUGAUCGGAAUAAAUAUCAGAUCCAUAUCCCUUUACCGGCAAAAAUUGAUCCGUCUGUGACAAUGAUGACAGUUGAGGAGAAACCGGACGUGACAUAUGCUGAUGUUGGUGGCUGUAAAGAACAAAUAGAAAAGCUGCGAGAAGUAGUCGAAAUGCCUCUCCUUCAUCCUGAACGUUUUGUGAAUAUUGGUAUUGAACCUCCUAAAGGUGUACUCUUUUAUGGUCCUCCUGGGACAGGAAAGACGCUUUGUGCCCGUGCUGUCGCAAAUCGAACUGAUGCUUGUUUUAUUCGUGUAAUUGGUUCUGAAUUGGUGCAAAAAUAUGUUGGUGAAGGAGCGAGGAUGGUUCGUGAAUUAUUCGAGAUGGCAAAGACAAAGAAGGCUUGUAUUAUUUUCUUUGAUGAAGUUGAUGCUAUUGGUGGAGCUCGUUUUGAUGAUGGAAUGGGGGGAGAUAAUGAAGUUCAACGGACAAUGCUCGAAUUGAUCAAUCAGCUGGAUGGAUUUGACUCGCGCGGUGCAAUCAAAGUUUUAAUGGCCACAAAUCGUCCUGAUACUUUGGAUCCUGCACUUGUACGGCCAGGACGUAUUGAUCGUCGUAUCGAAUUCGCCGUGCCUGAUUUGGAAGCACGUGCAAACAUUCUAAAGAUUCAUACAAAGCGGAUGAGUGUCGAUCGGAAUAUUCGUUAUGAAUUGAUAUCGCGUCUUUGCCCGAAUACAACAGGAGCUGAUAUUCGCUCUGUCUGUACUGAAGCCGGAAUGUUUGCAUUGCGUGCUCGUCGUAAAGCAAUAACCGAAAAGGAUUUUAUUGACGCUGUUCAGAAAGUGGUGAAAGGAUAUGCAAAGUUUAGUUCAACUCCAAGUUAUAUGACACAUAAUUAAAAACAAUUUCUUUGUAUUUGUGCUUUUAAUAAAUGUUUUUUAAAAUAUUCUUUGAAUUUGUUUGUUUGAUUAUUGGGUCUAUAAAUUAAUUUAAAAUAUAUUUCUUUGAAUGUUUGAGUUAAAAAUUGAUUUAAUUUUAAAUUGUAGGCACGCGUGAAAAUAGUGUGGAUAUAAUGAGGGAAAAGAGAAAAAGGGUUUGCAUGGA